AAAUUAGCAUAAUUUUCUUUGGUCGAGAGCAUAAUUUUUAAGGUGAUCGAAUAAAUUGCGCGUGGCGAUGAAAAUAAUCAGGAGUCCUCGAUGCGUGGAAUUUUCCUGGUUUCGCUCCUUUUCUCUUCCUCGCAUUUGCGAUGUAGCUGUGGUUUUUUCUGUUCGGAUAUAAAGGUUUCCGCUUAAUAUUAUCCAACUAAAACUGACUAGGCAAAAAAAAAAAAGGAAAAUGCAGUCGGCUUGGUCAGAGAACAUGUCUUUGGAAAGAAAGAAAGCAAUCGAAGAACUUGGGCGAGGCAGGGAACUGGCAAAUCAGCUGCGAGAUCUGCUUAGUAAAUCUUUAGGAGACGAGGGUGAAGAUCUAGUAAUGAAAAUCUUCAACUCCUUUGGAAAUACCCUUUCGAUGUUAAGAAACAGUGGCGACUACGAUGAUGAGGUUUCCCAGAAUCAAAGGAACAGCAUCAACAUGAGUUGGGAUGGUCGGAAAUCCGAGGAUUCUGAAGACAGCAUUAAGAGUACUUCAACUCAAAAGGAUCGAAGAGGAUGUUACAAAAGAAGGAAGUGUGCAGAGUCAUGGACAAAAGACACCCCUGCUCUAAUUGAUGAUGGUCAUGCAUGGAGAAAAUAUGGACAGAAAGUAAUCGUCAAUGCCAAUCACCCAAGAAACUAUUACAGAUGCACCCACAAGGUUGAUCAAGGUUGCCAAGCAACCAAGCAAGUCCAGAAGAUUGAAGACCAUCCCCCAAAGUAUCGACCAACUUAUUACGGCCAUCACACUUGCAAAAACCUGCCCGUGGCUUCUCAUCUCAUCCUGGAUUCCACCUCCAAUGACUCUUCCAUUCUUCUCAGCUUUGCGAACAACCUCACAAGCAAACAUGAUAACCCCUUUUUCUUAUCUUUCCCAUCAGUAAAGCAGGAAAGCAAAGAAGAUCAUACGACGAGCGACAUCACCUACAACCGAUCCUUAUCAUCCGAGUAUCUUAUGUCACCUGAACUGACAUUGUUUGAGUCAUCGGUUCAAAUGGAAGUGUUGUCAUCUGAUCACGAUGUGAUCUCCGGGGUGGUGAAUUCUGUUGAUUUAGAUGACUUGCUUGAGUUUUGUGAGGUAGGUAGGUAGGUAGCUAGCUAGCUAGAGAGUCGUGACUAAGUGAUGAACUGAUGGUAUAAUUUAGUUUCUUAAUAAUCUUAAUGUAGACGUACAGCGUUUUCACUUCUUAAUUCGAAUAGAGCUGCCAAGUGCAAACAGCUGCUUCAAUGGCAAGUCCGCUGUAUAAUUAAUUGCUUCUAUGGUCUAUCGAUCUGUUUAGCUCAAUUAGUAUUUAUCUUGCCCAGAAAAAAAAAAAAAAGAAAAAAAAAACAUGUUUAAUAUAA